CUCCAUCUUGCCUCGACAUGGCUCAGGGUACGACCUUCCAAUGGCCAGCCGAUACCGAGGACGCCUCAGAUGUUUUUUAGAUUACAUGUGGUAUGGACUACUGGGGCGGCGACCUCCGGUCACUGCAAGCGGACACGUUUCAAAGUUGCCUGGAGGCUUGCAAGACCGAGACCGAGUGCGUAUCCAUUGCAUACAGUGGUACUGCCUGCUACUUGAAGAAAAAUUCCACGCCUGAAAAACCCAACGGUGGAGUCUGGUCAGCCAAAAGAACGCGAAUUGCAAGCAAUAAGGGCCUGACAUGCGGUGCGGACGGUUCCAGCGAUGGCAAGACGUACACGUCGUCAAAGGGCGACUUCAAGAUCAUCUGUGGAAAAGACUAUGCAGGAAAUGACCUUCCUGCCACCAGCACCAAGACGCUCGAGACUUGCAUCGAGACUUGUGUUGCCACUGAUAAAUGCGUCGAUGUCUCAUAA